GCUCACUUUAAAACACCGUAAACUGCAAAUGGUCUCGCAAAGAAAGUAGACUUGUCCAACAUGGAACAACCCAUACAAACGACGAGCAGACGGGAAUCCUUGGAGGAUGCAUUGAAAUCCUUGGAGGAUGAACGCAGCCUUUCCACUUGGGCAAGAGACAAGCCAGUGAAGCCGAAGCCAAUGAUACAAAUGGUUACACACAUGCUACGAGACGAAAAGAAUUAUUUCCAACGGUAUUUUGAACCAAAGUUCGUUGCAUUCGGUCCCCUCCACCACGACAAUAGUCCUGAUUCAAAACUCCGAAGAGGUGAGGAGAACAAGUUACAAAUGGCGGCAAAGUUCAUCAAGGAUAGUGGGAUGGAGAUGGAAGUCUUCUACGGUAAUGUCAAAGCGAAGAUCGAUGUCUUGAUGAAGUGCUAUGACUGCAAGCUGAUAGAGAAAUGGAAAGAAGAGGACUUGGCCUGGAUGUUCGUUGUGGAUGGCUGCGCGGCAUUGUUCUUCAUAGAUCAUGAUGCGAAUGACAAUCUGAAGGCGCUUGAAGUUAAGGAUGAUGUGCUCAAUUAUGUGAAGAUGGAUUUAUUCUUGCUUGAGAACCAAUUACCGUACCUACUCCUUCAGAUAUUGAUGGAGUCUUGCAAUAAAGUUCCUCCUUUUACCCUGGCUGAAAACCAAUCUCGUGCCGAGGUAUUGAAGACGUCCAUCACCACCUUCAUUAAUAAGAGUGUCAUGAGCCCGGUUGAGCAGGAGCAGCAAAAGCAUCUGGUGAGUCCAGUUGAUCAGGUUGAGCAGCAAAAUUAUUGGGUAAAAUAUUCAGAACAACAGCAAAAAGCAGCAGCAACAGCAACAACAAUUACAAUUGACACUCAACGAGAACCUGCUCAUCUUCUGGAGCUAUUGUGGAGAAGACUGACCAAAUCAGAAAAGUAUAAGGGAGAUGGAACCAUAAGUAAGCUCAUGAAGAAGUUGUCCCCUUCUGGUGAUAAGGGAAUUGGUUCGAAAGGAAGCCGCAAGCCUCGUGGCAGGACCAGCCAUUAUAGGCACACAUUUCGAAACGUGAAGGAGCUGAAAGAAAAGGGGAUUAGACUUAAAGUUAGCAAGACAAGCAGUAUCAGGGAUAUUUCUUUUCAAGAAAAUUUAGUCUUCCCAACCCUAAUGCUGCCUCCCAUGACAGUGGACGACUUCACUGGGCGCAAGUUAAUGAACUUGAUAGCGUAUGAGAUGUGUCCUGAUUUUGAUAACAAAUUCGAGAUCAGCUCCUAUGUGUCCUUCCUUGAUUCCUUGAUCGAUCAAGCGGAGGAUGUGAAGGAACUGAGAGAUGCUGGCGUGCUGCACAACGGACUAGGAAGUGACAAUUAUGUAUCGUUGUUGUUCAAUGAGAUCAGCACAAACCUGGUGCCAAAUCCUGAACUGCACUUAGAGUUGAAACAUCGUAUCCAAGCACAUUGCAACGCUGUAUUCGCCCCCCACGUGGCUCAAUUCUGGCACACCUAUUUCAGGAGCCCCUGGAGCUUCAUGGCCUUGGUCGGUGCCCUGUUGGGUCUUGGUUUGACAGCUGCACAGACUAUUGCGCGCUUCCGCGAGUCUUCACAUCGGCCAGGUCCAUUCCAUCCCUAGUAUGAUACUACUACUACAAUGUGUGUUUCCAUUAGGCUGCCAAAAGAAUAAAUGCAAAUGCUCGUGUGGUUUUAGGCUUGUGGUUUCCGCAGUACCAAAAAUUAAAACAAUAUAGAAAGAUUAAUAACAUUCCUGGUAUCCCAAAUCCAAAGAUCUUCCCCCGAAGAAUGGUUUUGAAACUAGACUCUGUUUCUCUAAUACUUUGGCCUCUGGCUAGGCUCAUCAUAGGGUCGCCUCUAGUGUAUUGUUUUCUUAGUGUAUUGUUUUCUUAGUGUAUUGUUAUCUUGUAAAGUGUGAGAGAUGAAGAUGAACCAUUGACUUCUACGGUAUAUACAUUUUGUUCGUUUCAUGGUCUCUAUAGUUUGAUUUCUGAUUUGUGGAAAAUUUGAAGAUUAAUUUUUCCAUUAUUGACCAACAAGAAGUUAAUUUCCGAGCACAAAAUGCAUACUAAAUGAGUUUUCUAUGC